AUGUCUAGUCAGCAGUUAUGCAUUCGAGCUGAUCACAAUCUCGAUCUUCAUCUCAAUUUUUCGGCUGAUGCCCCCAACUAUAGUCCUCACAUUAUCCACAAAACCGCAAACCCCGCGGGGGAAAAAACUGAUUCUGUUGCCGCCACUCUUGUGGAUGUCAUUCGCACCAUUCUUGCCUACCAAUGCCCAUGGGCUUUGGUCGACCUCCUCGAUUUUAGCGUGGAAGAGUUAUAUGUCAGUUUAGACGCUUUCGACGAGACACAUUGUGGCUUUGUUGCUCGUAAGGAUCGGAAAGUCCAGGUAGUCUUCAAUGACAUGACUUCCAAGAAACGAUGGCACUACGGCUACGAAAUACUUGACGAUGGACAGUGGAUUCUCGUCAUCCCUGGGGGCUUUGAAACAGAGACGCUUGUCAAUCAUUUGAUCGAAAAUGAAUGGCUGGGAUAUAAUGCAGGAUUCGUAAGAGAGAGGGACAAGCGUUUCGAAAAACCUCGUCUCCAGAUAGAUGCGUGGCUAAAGUAUUUGGAGCGUGGAAUCACAGACACCUUGGAUCCAAGCAAAGAGAGAAAGAGAGGGUUGUUAGAUGAAAUAAACUUGUCCUUCUUCCGCUCGAUGGUACGCAUGUUUCUUCGAUCACUAUUUGGGGGAGUUGGGGGAUGGUUUUUGUAA